AAUAGCCAUGCGACACUUAGCAGGGACGUGGAUAUUUGUUCGUGAUGCUUACUGUAUCUCUUUGAAUAGAAAAGAAAAUCUAAUGAAAGUUUUAUAUCGCAGUAUAUGAAAAGUGCAUACGGUCACCUGAAAUAGUAUGUGAUAACUUUGCACGUUUAUCUGUAUCCACUAAUACUCAUUGAGUAAUUUUGUUUCCAUCGUGAUGAAAAGGUACGAAAUGGAAGUUGGUGUGUUUGUCGGUGACGAUGUAGACGAUGCCGACUCAAAGGCAUUUCGUUCAAAAACGUAAAACGCAGAAGAAAGGAAAGUUAAAGAAAUCACAAAAGUUAAUUGAAAUGGAUGAAAUAUCACGUUCUUAUGAUUCAUCCGCGGAUGAUGAUAGCAUAUCAUCACUAGAACUUAAUACCAGGGAUGAAGAAUUGGAAAAACAAAAGAAGAGGAAACUUCACCUCAGAUAUAGUUCGAAGAACUCCAGAGUGAAAAGAAUAAGAAGCUCAAAUGAAAAUGAAGACAUGGAAAUAGCUACCAGGAAAAUGGUAACUUAUAACGACGAAGAUUUUAAACAGAAAAACAUUUCCCUACAGCCACAAGACUGUGGUUUGCAGUGUAAAGAUAUGUCGGAAGAUUGUGUCAAACACAUUCAUCAUACAAAGUCACUAAACAUUUGUACAGUUACAAACGGAUGGACUCCAAGAGCGAAAUCACCAUUGUUGCAAGACAGCGAAGUAUCCUUGAUUCAGAAAAGGGAAUAUAAUCGUAUUCCGGUAAAUGGACAUCCUUUCAUUCAGUGUUUUGGCAUCAAAAAUCACCAGAAACCUAGGAGGAAAGGACAAAGCCCAAUUGCCAGUAAAUCUCAGUGUCUCACCAGCUGCAAGUCUUGUGCAACUCACACAUUUUUAAAACUGACACAUGAAGAAAUGACCGAAAUGGCAAAUUAUGUUGGAAUGGACUGUGAAUUUGUAGGCAUUGGGCCCAGAAAAACCAAUGCAUUAGGUCGUUGUAGUAUUGUUGACCAUGCAGGCCAGGUUAUUUUUGAUCAUUUUGUAAAGCCUGAGGAGCCAGUGACGGAUUAUCGCACUCCAUGGAGUGGAUUGCGGCCACUGAAUAUACAAAAUGGGAUUCCAUUCCUUGCUGCAAGAGAACAGAUAGCUGCUAUUCUGAAGAAUAAGGUUGUUGUGGGUCAUGCCAUUCACAAUGAUUUUAAAGUCUUACGACUCUCGCAUCCUCCAGACAUGAUUCGAGACACAAUCAGUUGCAAGGAGCUGCGUGAAAUGGCAGAGUUGGGCUCCAAUUCCUGUGGGCUCCGUAAACUUACUCAAGCUCUACUAGGUAGAACAAUACAGGUUGGAGAACACUGCUCCAUUACAGACGCUAGAGCUGCUAUGGACCUAUUCAGACUUGUCCGAACUGUAUGGGAACCUAAACUCAAGGUCAAAUUCAAUCAACGUCAAGCAAGGAAAAAUCACCAAGCAGACCAGAAUGACGACAUACUUUUGAAUUCUUAUUUGGAUGAUCACUAUUGGCCCCCAGAACUAUUUGUGGAGUAGUUAAAAAAAAUAAAAAUCAUUUUGUGAUUUUAAAAAACAGCUCAUUCAGCAAUAAAAAAAAUAAAA